CCAGACAAGAAGACGACGUGUUUGUCAACAACACGGAUAUGUACUUUUUUUAUGAGAACUAGCUCGAGUUCAUAAAUAUUUGGGUAAUGGGAUAUUUUUCUAUGAGAUCAAAUCAUUGAACAGUUGGUACUUGUGAGGAUUUUUAGUUGUACAAAUAUUUAAAGACAUAAAUGGACAAAGAAAACGCAGACAACAUGAAAAAAUCAGCAUCAAUGACACUACUUAGCCAUUCCCAAUCUACAUCAUCAUUCUUAAAUCGGACAAAAUCAUGGAGCAUGUACGAGGUACGAGGGAGAAUGGUCGCAGCUGUAGCUAUAGUUUGUUUGAUUCUGUUAGUUGUGUACAUUGUACCAUCAGCUAACGGCUAUUCAGAUGUAGAAACUGUAGAAUUUGUAGCAAGACGACCUGUGAGGAUGCCGAAACAACCUUCACAGGAUAUUGAUAACAAGCAUGUAAUGGGAACAAGCUCAGAAAUUUAUGCUGUUGUGUUAGAUGCUGGUAGUACAGGGUCAAGAGUUCAUGUGUUCCACUUUAAGCGUACCAAUGGUCCAUUAAAACUAGUGAGAGAAGUAUUUGAGCAAGUUAAACCCGGUUUAUCAAGCUAUGCUGAUGAUCCUAAGAAGGGUGCAGAAAGUAUACGACAAUUACUGAAUAUAGCUUUAGCGGAAGUACCAAGUGAAUUACAGCCCAGGACACCGGUAUCAUUGUUAGCCACAGCUGGUCUGAGGUUAUUACGAGAGGGAGUAGCAGAUACUUUACUGAAAGAGGUACGAAAUUUGAUAAAAGAAUACCCUUUCUUAUUGGAUGAAGAAGAAGAUGUUGAUAUAAUGGAAGGGGCAGAUGAAGGAAUGUUUAGCUGGUUGACAAUUAGUUUUAUGACAGGAGAUUUUCUAUCAGGGAGGAAUAAUGUGGCAGCUUUAGACUUGGGAGGUGGAUCUUCACAGAUAACAUUUAUACCUAAUCAGCAGGAAACAUUGGACACAGUGCCAAAAGACUUCAUAAAAUCAAUGGAAUUGUUUAAGAAGAAAUUAAAUUUGUACACUCACAGUUACCUAGGAUAUGGUUUGAUGUCAACAAGAUUUAAAUUGUUAGGAGGAAAUAAAAAAGAAAAACAACAAAAAUUACAGAGUGUAUGUUUACCAGCAAAUGUUGAAUCUCUUUGGACUUUUGGUGGUGUUCCCUAUAAUGUCAGUGGAGAAUCUCAAAGUUCAUUUAACAGUUGUUACAGUGUAGUGAAAGAUUUUGUAGGACAAAAGAUUCAGGCAGUAUAUGAAUUACAGAAACAUGAGAUCUAUGUUUUCUCUUAUUUCUUUGAUGCAGCUGUAGAUUCACAACUAAUAGAUUCAGAUUUAGGUGGAAAAUUAGUUGUCAAAGAUUUUCUGAGGGCAGCUAAAAGAGCCUUUGAUAAUCCAAGUUCAAAGAAACCAUUUCUUGGGUUAGAUUUACUAUACAUGUAUUCAUUACUACACGAUGGCUACAGAUUGAGGUCAAAAACAAAAGUAACUGUGAUAAAGAAAAUAGAACAUGUAGAAGUUAGCUGGGGUCUUGGUGCUGCAUUUGAACUUUUAUCAGACUCUGGCAUAAUUAGCUGAUAGUGAUCUCAGUUUAUGGAUAAUAAUAGAACAUGUAAAAAGUUUAGCUGGAGACAGUACUGCAUUUCAACUUCAUCUGAAUCAACUGAUAACGAUACAAUUGAAGAAUGCCUGUCAUAAAAAGCAGUAAUUUUACUGAAUAUCAAAUUGAUCAGUGAUCUCUCAUUAAUAGUUAUAGUCUUCGUUGUAUGAUUGGCUACAUAUUUGCCAUAUGGUGCUUUAACAAGGUGUCAUAUCAUAUGAAAACCAGUAACCACUUGCAGCCUUUGCCAUUCUGUAUUAAAGCAACAGGUAAAUCUGAACACUAUUCAUAAUGGUGAUUUUUUUUUAUAAAAAUGCUAUAUUUAUUUAUUUAAACUGUGAAUAUAAGAAUCAAAUGCAUGUCUUGUUAUUUAUAAGUGGUAAAAAGCAAGUGAUGUUGCACAUUUCUUAACAAAAUAAUUAUUCUUCUCUUUUUCAUGUUCCAGCCAAAUUAAGGAAACUGCUAUUUUCAUUUAAAUCCUACUGCAAUUCAAUUUAUAUAAAAAAUUUAUAACACUAAACCUUCACCAGAUUAUUUGUCAGCAUGAAAGGAACCUAUUCUAGUAUUGAUGACGAGAAAAUAAAACCUUAAUCAGCAAACAAAGGUCCUGCAAAAAAAAGUGACUUGUUCUUUGUUUAUAAAAAUGUAUUGAUAUAGGACUUUAAACUAUGCAUAAACACUGGGUACAUCUCAGUUCAUUUGUAUAUUAAAUGAUAUUAUACAUUCCAAAUAUUUGCUCAGCUUUUGGUUUAUAUGUAAAUAGAGCUUUUUAUUUGUAAACUAAGUUUUGUAUUUAACACAAUCCAUUUUGAAUUAAUGACAAUUUAAAAUAUUAUUAUAAGUAAGUUUAAUUUUUUGGUUAAAUUCAUGAUAAUUUAUAACCAAAACCAUACAUGUAUAAACCAGUUUUUCUUGCAAAUGGACUGUUCAAUUGAAAUGUCAUAUUAACUUAGGUAUUCAAGCAAUGAAAUCAAUUCUGUCCAAGGGAAACAACUUGUUUCAAGUGACUUUACCCAAGAUUAACCCUAGUUCAACCUCAGACAUUGUGCAAGACAAUUAAUUGGUUAACACAUGCACUGUUUAGGUUGUAAAAUGAAUUUAAUGUGAAAAGAUUUGUUUAUAUUCAUACCUACAUCAAAUAGUAAUUCUAAUGCAACAUUGUAUGUAAUGUUCAUUUUGAUUGGAUAACGUCACCAAUUUUCAUGGCAUCAAUUCACAAUUGCACUGUUUAGGUUGUAAUAUGAAUUUAAUGUGAAAAGAUUUGUUUAUAUUCAUACCUACAUCAAAUAGUAACUUAUAAAUUGUUUUGAACACAUCAAAAUGCAUGUUUCUAUUUUUGUUGAACCAAAACAUUCAGUGAUUUUUUGUGGGAAUAGAUCUGAAA